CAGGUAAUGCCAUAGGCUCCUGCAUGCUAAGAAGUUUAUUCAAAGCUUUACUGCUCAGGUUUUUCUCUUGCAAGCAGAAAUUCCCACGUAUAUUAUACUGUGAUUGAAAUCUGGAGUUAUUUUUCCUUCUUAAUUGUUUGGAAAACAACCACUGGUAAACAAUGCCUACAGUGAGUAAAGGUCUUUACAAAUGGUUGAUUGGAAGAGGAAGCACCCUUGAGGAUUUUGCUGACAGGUUAAAUCAUUUCUGGACCUUUGGUCUCCUGCUUCUACUGGCAUGCAUCAUCAGCUGGAAACAGGGAUACAACAAAGCUAUCAACUGCUGGGCACCAGCUACAUAUACAGAAGCCAUGGUUAGAUAUACAGAAGAAACAUGCUGGAAUAGUUACUUUAUUGUUUAUCCACGUGAUGAAGAGAAAGCUAAAGAGGAAAUAUUUGAGAUGUUCAACAUCUCUUUCCCAUCAAAUUCUCUCAUUGAGUUCAAUAAUUUCCCAAUGGUAUCAUCAGAGCCGAUAGAAUUGACCGACAAUCUAAAAGAGAAAAUGGCAACAACUAGGACACUAUAUCAGUGGCUACCCAUAAUCCUUUGCUUUCAAGCUCUACUUUUCAAGCUGCCCAAUCUGCUCAUGUAUAUUUUCCAUGGUUAUUCUGGGAUAAGUUUUGACAAGAUAUCUGGAUUAACAAGUGGAUACAAGAACUUGAACCUUCAAGAAAGGGAUAUUCUUGGCAGAAAAAUUGCACGUUACUUGAUGAACUGGUGUGGACAAUGCGGAAACUGGUUACCAUGGAGAUUACUAUCACUUCUCUGGCUUCUCGUCAAGAUACUUUAUUGCGUCAACAUUGUUACACAAAUGAGUCUGGUAGAUUCCCUUCUAAAAACAACAGAUACCCCUAUAGACAAUUCCACUUCAUACGGUGACGUAAUCUCCGGAAAUCUACUAGAAAACAAUGCUACAGUUUGGAAAGAAUCGCCAGCCUUUCCGCGUAAAGUUUUCUGCGAUUUUUCCAUAAGCCAACUUAUGAACAUCCAACGAUGGACCGUUCAAUGUAAUCUCACAGCAAACUACUUCAAUGAGUAUGUCUAUAUGUUCAUAUGGGUGUGGCUUCUAUUUGUUGCCUUGGUAACGUGCCUUAGCCUUGUCAUGUGGAUUGUACAAACACUUGUACCGAUUUUCCGAAAGCGGUAUAUUGAGAAGGCAAUCAAACUGGAAGACGACCCUAAUAUGAAGUCUGUAUCAUCGUACCACAUGGAUAAAUUUUGUAACUUCAUUGGUGAGGAUGGGGUCAUGACCUUGAAGCUGAUUGGUGCCAACACAUCCGACCUACUUGUAAGCAAUGUCAUCUGCAACAUGUGGAAAUUGAGAGUAAAUGACCUGAAUAUUCCAGGUUCAGGACAAGUACUUAUUGCACCGGAAGUUAUAGUGCAGCCGAGCACCGCACCGUCUCAACCUGGCAUCCCCCAAGAAAAACUGAGUGGUCCUCCAGCUUCUGAUGUAGUCAAAAAGGCCGACUAAAAAUGUUUAGUGACAUAAUACCAUUUACGUAUGCACAAUUAAUAGUAGUUAGUCUAAAUUUAACAUUGGAAAUCUGA